UGUCACUUCAUUUAGUGCAAAUCAAUAUCUGAGUGAAAAUGUCAUCCAAAUUCAUUAUUCUUACGCUUAUUCAUUUGUAUUUAAUCUCGCAAGGCGAAUGCCAACUAACUUCGCUACAAUUGACGGAAGCAUUUUCCAGUCAGAUAAGCACGGAAUUUCAUGUCCACGAUCCGCUCAUCGUCGGGGGGAAGGACGCUCAAGAUGGGGAAUUUCCAUGGCAAAUUUCUCUCCAGAAAAAUGGUGGACAUUUCUGCGGUGGGAGCAUCCUCGACGAGACACGUGUCCUUUGCGCUGCUCACUGCUGUGAUGGUCAAGAUCCCUCCAAGCUGCGUGUCGUCGCUGGGGCGCACAAUAUGUCCGACCUCAACAGCCAACAGAACGUUCCUGUACUUCGUAUCGUCGCAAAUCCAAAAUAUAGUUCAUGGACGAUAAAUUAUGACUCUGCGAUAAUCACGCUGGCCCAAAAUCUAACAUUUAAUCAAAGAGUCAAACCAAUUCGUCUGCCUCCGAAGGGUCACGAACCGACGGGCAAGUGUGUGACUUCCGGUUGGGGAAAUGCGAAUCGCUUAGGCAUUCGGCCAGUCUACAUCCCGAAACAACUGCAAAAAGUUAACAUGACGAUUGUAUCGAGAGGUUGGUGUCGCAUCCCGUAUCUGCUGUUUACUCGCAGUUGGGUCUCGUCAAAUAUGCUGUGCGGGGGUGCCGGGAUUUUGAGGGGGUCAUGUAAUGGUGAUUCUGGUGGGCCUCUGGUCUGCUAUGAUUUGCCAACUAAGGAAGAUGAUGGACCAUAUAUUGCAGGAAUUACGUCUUUCGGAGUGCAGCCUUGUGGUCAAUUUUUGUUUCCGACGGUAUUCGCCAACGUAGCGAGCAUGAGAGAUUUUAUUGAUGGAGAAUUAAGACGCACAUAAUUAGCAAAUGAACUGGAAACAUAUUACGUGCAUAUAUGUAUACAUAUGUCUUUAUGCAGUAAAGUUAUAAUAUGCAAGGUUAUGA